AAAGCCUCUUCCAACAUGGCUGCUGGGCCGGUGCGCUUCCGGCGCCCGCCUAUGGCGUCAUCGCCGAGCGACCACGGGAAGCCGGCGGGGCUUCUAAACAGCGGCCAUGCUUAGCCGCCUCCAGGAGCUGCGCAAGGAAGAGGAGACGCUGCUUCGGUUAAAGGCCGCCCUUCACGACCAGCUGAACCGCCUCAAGGUUGAAGAACUGGCCCUCCAGUCAAUGAUCAAUUGUAGAAGAGGGGAUGAGAUGACAACUUCUCAUCCUGUACCUGAACAGUCACAUGAUAUGUUAAUGCAUGUAGACAACGAAGCAUCGAUCAACCAGACUGCACUGCAGCUGAGCACAAGAAGCCAUGUGGUGGAUGAAGAUGUGGAAGAGGAAGAAGAGGAAUCUGACUCCUAAGGGGAAUGAAAGCCAGGGUGAGAUGCACACGUCUGAACAGUGACAAGCAUGGGAAGUAGGCCUGAAAGCAACAUGGCACACCACCCGGCAGAGGA